UAGUGAAAACCCAGAAAAAUACAAAUUCCCAGAAGCUGGAUAGUUUUCUUCAUUGAUUCAGUGUGUAGAAUCUUCAAAGAUCAAAUUUUUGUAGCAGUGAGGAAGACAACAAUGGAGAAGAAAGGCACGGUAUUGAUGCAGAGGUUCGAGUUGGGUCGAUUACUCGGGCAAGGCACAUUCGCCAAGGUUUACCUUGCAAAGAACCUAACAACAGGCCAAAGCUGUGCCAUUAAAGUCAUCGACAAAGAGAAGAUAAUGAAAGGAGGUUUAAUCGAUCAAAUCAAGCGCGAAAUCUUUGUCAUGCGCCUCGUUAAACACCCCAACAUCGUUCGACUAUACGAAGUAAUGGCCAGCAGGUCGAAGAUAUAUUUCGUCAUGGAAUAUGUCAAAGGCGGUGAGCUUUUCAACAAGGUCGCUAAAGGGAAACUCAAGGAAGACGACGCCCGACGAUAUUUCCAGCAAUUAGUCGCGGCCAUCGAUUAUUGUCAUAGCAGAGGCGUUUAUCAUCGGGAUUUAAAGCCCGAGAAUCUCCUCCUCGACGAAAAUGGGAAUCUGAAGGUGUCGGAUUUCGGGCUGAGUGCGUUCAAAGAAUCGAGCAGACAAGAUGGGCUGCUUCACACCACAUGUGGAACACCGGCUUAUGUUGCGCCCGAAGUGAUAAACUACAAAGGCUAUGAUGGAGCCAAGGCUGAUAUUUGGUCAUGUGGGGUAAUUCUUUACGUUUUGUUAGCUGGUUUUCUUCCCUUUCACGAUUCCAAUCUCAUGGGAAUGUAUAGGAGGAUUUCCAGAGGUGAAUUCAAGUGCCCACAAUGGUUCACUCCUGAAGUUAAGAAGCUUCUUUCCAGGAUUCUCGAAGCUAAUCCAAUUCGAAGAAUCACAGUGGCUAAGCUCAUGGAGAAUUCUUGGUUUAAGAAAGGAUAUAAACAUAUUGAUCAUACCCCGCCAUCAUCCCCUCAAACUCGUAUUCUAGAUCCGUCGAUUACCGACUUUAGUGCUGGUUUUGAUGACGAAGCAGGCCUUAUUAAGCCGAGUUGUUUUAAUGCUUUCGACAUCAUAUCCCUUUCGCAAGGUUUUGAUUUAUCCGGUUUGUUCGAGAAAGAUUCGAAUUAUUCACGGUUCACAACUAAAAAACCGGCCACGGAUAUCGUUUCUAAAUUCGAACAAAUAGCUCGGACGGAGAGUUUUCGCAUGAAGAACAAGGGUGGGAAGGUGAAAUUGCAGGGUGUAAAGGAAGGGAGAAAGGGACAGCUUGGUAUAGAUGCGGAGAUAUUUGAAGUGACACCGUCGUUUCAUGUGGUGGAGUUGAAGAAAACAACAGGGGAUACUUUGGAGUAUAAGAACUUUUGUAACACAGAAUUGAAACCGUCGCUGAAAGAUAUAGUGUGGGCUUGGCAAGGAAGUGAUCAGUAGCAGCAAGAAAUUGUAAGCCUGUGAUGACUGCCAAAAAGGGAACUUCGUACCCUCUUUGAGUUCCAAUUUCGUUUUCUUGUCUUUUAGGUUUGGUUUCUGUCUAAUUAAUCUCCAGAUUCUGAAAA